AUGCACCAGCGUCUCGUCCUUCUCGGUCUUGCGCUCACUGCCAAUGCCCACUUUGUCUUGCAGAUUCCCACGAGCCUCGGCUACAACGACGGGCUCGAGACCACCGGCCCUUGCGACACCUUCGAUCCCACCGAUCGAUCCCAGGGCGUCACUGAGUGGAGCGUGCAGGGCGAUAGCGUCGGCCUGUUGAGCACGCACCCCUCUGUGACGUGGGAGAUCAAUGUUGCCCUGCUCAGCGACACAAGCAACUGGCGUCCCCUUGUCCAGUCCUUUGGGCAGAAGGGUGUUGGAGAAGUCUGCUUCACCAAGGUGCCGGGAUUCGAGGCCUGGGUUGGCAAAGACGCCGUGCUGCAGCUCAUCCAGCACGCUCCCGAUGGCAAGCUAUACCAGUGCGCGGCCAUCAAAUUCGUCGCCGGCGGCCCUGACUCCGUCCCAAACGAUUGCACCAACUCGCCAGGUGUCAGCUACGACCCCAUCGUUGCAGCUCCCGGCCCCUCGUCCCCAACGAGCUCCUCUGCGGGUGGUGGCCACAGCCAGUCCAUAACCUCGAGCUCGACCUCGGGCCCCGCGCCGACGGAUACCUCGCCAGACACCUCAUCAGAGCCGUCCGCGACGGGCUCCAGCCCGGGCGCGUCUAUGACCAGCGACUUGUCGUCUACAGGGACCCAUUCGGGCCAUACGCACCCGAGCGGGACCGCAGAGGGCUCGACCGUCGCCGGCGGAGACUCCACUGUGACGGGGAGCGCCACCGCGUCGCAGCCCCCGGUUUUCACUGCCGGGGCUAGUUCUCUUGCCCGCGGUGCUGCGAGCGUGUUUGCUCUUGGGGUACUUGCUGCGGGUCUCCUUCUUUGA